AUGAAAGUAGGCACAUCUUCAGAAAAGUUAGCGAUAACGACAAUUUAUGGGAAAUCCACAACUUUUCCACGUUUUAGGUAGUGGACUUUGUGGACAACAGAAUAAUCUUUCAAUAUGACAUCAAAGACUGUUUGCAAUGGUUUUUGAAUGCCGACAUCGCCAACUCAAUUCAAUCAACCGUUCUGAUCUUGAUUGUAUUAGUGUUACCACUUCAACCUGUCUUGCGAUUUUACAACUUGAAAUCAAAACCUUUGAGUGCUAUGAAAAUUGACAUGAUGUUUAUUAUCUGCAUCGUUAUUGCAAUUGCCUACGGCAUUUUGAGCUACAAAACUGCAUUGGUAGGGGACAACACUCCAGCUUAUCCGUUCCUUUUGCAACAUUCGGCUUUUGGCGAUAUUGUUGUAUAUGAUCUGGUAGGUAUUAAGUGGUGGUUUUCUAAACCAUUUUUUUUUAUCUUAUAUCAAAGGCCUUAAAAGUAGAAUAGCGUGUAAGAGUAGCUUGUAAAAACGAUCUAAAUAGUCAAAAAUAAAGUUUGUCGUUUCAGCAAUUAAAAAUUGCAAAAGCAAAUCUAUGUGUUAUGAUGCUGUUGGUCACUCUGGCAUACACUUUAACUAUUUACUUUACUGUAAAAACGCAAAACUUGAUGAGAAACAUGCACGAAGAGAUUAGCAAAGAAACAAAGAGACUACAAGACCGUAUGAAGAAAAUUAUUAUUGUUCAGGUAAGUUGCUUUUGAUUAAAAAAUGACAUAUAUGAACUGGAGUAGUUUUGAAGUAUGACAUUUACAAACAAUUACAAAGAAAAAUUUACCUUCUGAUAUCAUUUUAGACUCUAGUCCGCUUGUUCGGUCUAG